GUGCAACGUAUAUACCAGAUACUUCUCUUUUUCCUAUAGACGACCCGGAAGCGCCAAAAGUAUAUUAUGAAGCCAAGAUGCGGCCAAUCGAAUAUACUAUUAUUGGCAUAAUAUCAGGAUUUUCAGUAUAUUUGGCACUCAUGUCUUAUUUGCUCUCCAAAGAAUUUG